UAUGGAGGACGGAGCGGGGCAUUUUCUAUGGAGGGGCAUUCGGAGAAGGUUACUUUAGGGGGACCUUUUGACCCUCGCCUUUAUGAGUGUAAAGCAACCGCAGGCGUUUUCUUUUUCUUAUAUAAAAAUUGAAACAAAGGGGGGCUACGCCGUUGAGUUGGGUUAUAAGAAUUUGAUCGGAGGGGGUUUUAUGGUUUUUCUAAGGAGGAAGAGGAGAAGAGUUGAUUCGUGGUAAACUAAACUUGAAGGGUUGAAAUCCAGAGAUUUGCGCCGUCGGGAAAGAGCAGAAACGAAUUUGUUUGCAGACGUUUGGUUGAUUCUGCUGCUUCUUCUAGAGCAGCGGCUUUUGUGGAGCUGCUUGGGGCGUUUUGCUUUUUAAGGGGUUUUAAUCAGGGGUAGAACUGGCUAUCGAAAGUCACAACAAGUUUAGUCUGGUUAAGACUAAAAGAAAGAAAGUCAUGGUCGGACCGAUGUUGUCCCUCUGCAAUGAACAUAUAGGGCCGCCGUGGUUAAGGCCCCUGCUAGAGACGAACUUCUUUGUUCCCUGCAAAGUUCAUGGAGAUUCCAGCAAAAGCGAGUGUAAUAUGUACUGUCUCGAUUGUAUGGGCCGCGCAUUGUGCUCGUAUUGUCGCAGCCGCCAUAAAGAUCAUUACAUUGUUCAGAUACGGCGGUCGUCCUACCACAAUGUUAUUCGCGUUUCAGAGAUUCAGAAGGUUCUGGACAUAAGCGGCGUGCAGACAUACAUCAUCAACAGUGCAAGGAUUGUGUUUCUGAACGAAAGGCCUCAGCCGAGGCCCGGAAAAGGCGUGACAAAUACUUGUGAAAUAUGCGCUCGAAGUCUUCUGGAUUCCUUUCGGUUUUGCUCGCUGGGCUGCAAGUUGGCCGGAAUCGAGCGAAGCAGAGACGCGACAUUCCUUUUACAGGCGAAGCAUCCGAGAGACAGCAGAGAAGCCCUGAUUAUGCUCCGGACGGGCGGCUCAGAAUCUGAAGACUCCUCAAACCACAAGCGGUCCAGAUUAUCAAAGAACCUCUUCCACCGUUUUACAGAGGACAACAACAUGAAUGCAGAGAUUACGUCGACUUACACAUCACCGUCUUAUCCAGAGUACACGUUCAACGACGACUCUGCUGCCAAGUUUCAUUACAGCAGCCCCAGCAUUAAACAUGAAAGUAAUGUCCAUGAUAUUUCCCCGCCCACGCCUCCAAUGGUGAUCAACCACAGAAGGCGGCGAAAGGGAAUUCCACACAGGGCCCCUCUCAGUAGUUAAAAAAAUGCCCGUGGUUAUUCCACGUCUUAAAUCCUCUGUAGAUAGAUACCUGUAUUUGUCACAAACAUAUCCAAUCUUUUCUCUAGGGUAUAACGGGACUUUUGACAUGGUUGUGAAUGUAGUCUAGUUAGGGGUACAUAUAUAUAGAUAGAUGAUGCUUUUAUGUAAAUACAUAAAGCAUGAGUAUACAGUCGGUUAGUUGGGGAUACAGCGUUUUUAAUUCAUGAUGUUUGUUGCCCUGUGUGAAAUAAGUAUGAAAUACGUAUAUACGUAAUGGAGUUCACUCACGCGGUGGACUUUGUUGUCUAUAUUUCCUAAAUAAUGUAUAGGGACAGAUUCUUUGAAUCUUCAAAGGUCACUGCCUUCUCAAUGUUGACGCGGUAAUAAAGAGAGUCCGUUCAUGUAUCCUCUGUAAUAUACAAAUAAAUUAAAUAAUAAUUAUAGUGUUU